AUGAACUCUCUCCAGAAUCUCACGAGUACCAUGGCUGCUUCUCUUCAGCCUGACGUUCGUGUGAGCGAACCUUUUGCUAAGGGGAUCUCCAAGGAGUAUGGAGGAAUCCAUGCAGAUGACAGCCGAAUCCCUUCUACCAUGCAAAUCCACGAAUAUUGCAGGGUUCUUGAUUAUGCAGGAGCAGUUCAGCCUCAUGGAGUCUUUUUCUUGCUUCAUGACGAUGGCUCUCUGAAGAUCAAGGCCUGCAGUGAAAAUGCAGAAAUUCUUUUCCCGGCGAAGGCGCAGGAUCUCUUGGGAAAAUCGUUUCUGGAUUUGUUUGAAGAAAAACAUCGUAUCGAGAGUUCCGUCAAUUCGUUGAAUGGAAUUGGGCAAUUGGAGGAAUUGGACCCUUGUGAUGAUUUUGUUGAGACCAACGCAAAAGUUCGUGUGGCGAUCAAGAACCUAGACCUCUGUCACACUCCAUUGGAAUUGAGUCAACAAUUGUGCUGGGAUGCCUUCAAAAUCAUGGGUUAUGAUCGCAUGUUUGUGGGCAAUUUCUACGAAGAUGGCACUUCCAUGGUCGAGGCUGAAAGGAGGGUCAAGGUGGUCAAAGAUUCAUGGCAAGGACUUCGGUGGCCUGAAGAAAUCCUGAGCCCAAGUGUUCGAAUGCGGUUCUUGAAAAUCCGAUUCAGCACCGUGAAUGACGCAGGAGCGAAUCCGGCCAAAAUCAUUUCCAACGAUCCAAACUUGGAGCGAGAACAUAUCAAUCUUGGUGCUUCCCUUCUCCGAGCAUCACAUCGCUGCUAUUUGGAGCAGCUUGGGGCGUGGGGAAUGCGUAGCUCCAUUACGUAUCCAAUCGUCCUAAAGGACACUUUCCACGCUAUGCUGGUAGGGCACAGCUUGCAAGCUAAGCAUCCUUCAAUUCAGAUGAGAGUUGCCGUCUCUGCCUUGACCGAUGCCUACACAUUGGAGCUCCUCAAGGUUCAUGAGAAGAAAUCUCACAUGGAAUACCAAAGAAUCUUCAGUAUUUUCGAUCAACUUUUCAAGAAGAUGUGCGAUGGAAAGCUUGCAGGACUGGUUGAAGGUAUCCCAAAUGUUUCUGACAUUGUAGAGGAUCUUCAAGGUACAUUCUUUGAAGUUGGGUUCAAUUUGACGUCAAGGCUAGGCUCUGCGAUUUAUCAUCAGAAUGAGCUCAUGACCAUCGGAGAUCUCCCUUCACAGGAUUCAAUCUUCAAGAUCGUUGAGGCUUUGAAGAAGCGAUUUGCACAGUCCUCAGAAAGACAAGUGCAGGUAUUACUCUCAUAUGGAGACUCGAACGUGCCAAUUAAUAUCUUACAGGCCUUUAACUCGCUACGGGACAUUAUUCCUGAUCUAGACAGCAACUCACUUCGAAAGGCAGCUGGCUGCAUUUGCAUCCCAAUUCUGGAAAGCAGCAUGAUCCUUCUCUUCCGCCCUGAGAACUUGCACACGGUCAGUUGGGCUGGCAACCCCAAAGUCAAGGCUAUUUGGAAUGAGCCAAUGGGUACUAUGCAUCCAAGACACGACUACACUCCAUUUGCCGAGAAGGUCGAGGCCACGUGCGUGGCCUGGAAUAGCAGUGACCUUCGCGCUGCCAAGGCUUUUGCUUCCGUUGUCAAUGCUGUUGUUGGUUCGGGAAGGAAAGACGACGGUGUUGUUCUCGAGGCUGUAGAUGGCCCGAUGGCAAUUGUCCAAGAUGGCACUGUGAUCUCUUGCAACGAGGCAUUGACAAAGUUGCUUGACUGUCAAAAGAAGGACAUCGAGGGCAAGGAUAUCGCUCAAUUGAUGAAGUCUGACGUCUUUGCCUCUGUGCAAGCUUCCAUGAAAUCUGCUCUUGCUUUGGGGGAUGAGGACAACUCAGGCCUUGUUGCGAAAGAGAUCCAGACUUCUCUCCUGAGAACUUCCACCGCCCUCAAGCUGUCUGCCGAGGAACGCAAUGCUGUGAAUUGCCAAUUGCAAAUCUCCAUCCGAUCUAGCGCUGGCUCGAACAAGAGCAAGCAGCUUGCCUUCUUGUGGCAUGACAUGACGUCUGUAGACCUCGCAGCCGCCAAGAAGCGCAAGUCAGAAGCUGCUUUGCACCUCAUGGACAAGACUGCCGAGUGGUUGAAACCACAUCAGCUGUCUGCUUCUCUUGAUUCACUAGAGUAUCAUCCCGACCCCGAGGACAGCUCGUCCGCGGUCCUUGAGGAAACUUCCUUGGGCAAGACUUUCUCUAUGAAGCACAAGAAUGACGGAGUCUUGUACAUGGUGAAGAAGCUGAACCUCAAGAAGAUCGAGAAGUCAGGUGUCCCCGUACCAGUUCUCAAGCAGCGCCUCAACAAGCUGCUCUCCAAGGACUCCCGUUCUUCCAUCAAGUACAGGACGUGCUUUCAGGAUGGGGCCAGCGUGUGGGUCGUCGCCGAGUUCAACGAGGGCAAGCAGCUUCCUAAGGACUCCGACUUCCUCCCAGGAAAGAGCGAGGCGACUUGA